CAUGUGGUGAAUGAUGCCUAUAGCAGACUCCUGUACAUUGCUGGCCCCACGCCACCAACACAAGUGUUCUGCACAUACCUCAACAUCAGCAUCUGCAACAACACAGAGACCCUUAGCGGUUUUGAGGUGACACUUUACAACCCCAUUGGGCGCGUGGUUGAAAGCAUUGCCAGGUUGCCAGUGUCUGGUUCAUCUUAUGUAGUUUAUGCUGAAGAUGGUGCCACUGUUGUACCCAGUGAUGUCCAUCCAAUCUCCCAAGACACAUUCAGAAUCCCAACACCUGAGGCUCGGACGGCAACAAAUGAGCUGGUUUUUAGUGCCACCCUCCCACCUGUUGGAUUUGUUACCUACUUU